AUAUUUCCAAGUACAGUUUGGUGAUGGAGGCUGACUCAGGAACCUUCUUACCCACUGGGCUGCAGUUCACCGGCAGUGACAAGGCCAGGGCUAUCAUGAAGGAAGUCAUGAGUCUCCUGCAACCCCUCAAUAUCACCAAGGUCUUUAAUGAUGCAGAAGGAACUGACAUUAACUUCUGGAUCCAAGCUGGAGUGCCUGGAGCCAGUCUGCGAGAUGACUUGUACAAGUAUUUCUUCUUCCAUCAUUCCCAUGGAGACACCAUGACUGCCAUGGAUCCAAAGCAGAUGAAUGUUGCUGCUGCUGUUUGGGCUGUUGUCGCUUAUGUUGUGGCAGACAUGGAGGAAAUGCUGCCCAGGUCCUAAGGAAAACAAGAAGGAAGAAUCUUGUUCUCUGCAGCUGGGAAUCCCCAUUAAGGAUUUUCACAGCAGCCAUCUUCACAGCACCGUGUUAUACACUCAAUCCCCAUGGCACAGUUUUCUUUAUACCUUCUGUUAACCAUCUUCCCUUGAUACACUUUUACCUGUUCUAGAAUAAGUAAUCAUCACUACUGUACCACCUUGAAAAUACUAUUUCCAGUUUAAAAAUAAACAAUAAAUAUAUGAAACGUU